AUUUUUUAUGUACUUCUGUUCGGCAACGAGUUUGAAAUAGCGUGUAUAUCAUAAAUAAACAAAAAAUAUCAAUGCCUGAACCCCAGGCUAUUCAUCAAGUACCAAAUUAACAAAAGUUGACGAUGGCGCCGUGUUUCUCAACUUCAUUUAACGAUCCGUCAUAAUUUAUACCUCUCCGGAAUAAGAUGGCGGCGUCCAUAGAGAAGUGCACAGAUUCGCUUGUUGACAAUUUUAAACACGUAUACAAGCGGUAUAAACGUCGGGAUAAACCUUUAGAUUUAAGUGGAGUCAUUGAUUUUUCUGAUAAGCAGUGUGGUGAAAUUAUUGUACCUGUCGAGCUUUAUGAACCAAAAGAUUUGCAGGCAUUUCCUGGCCUCAAACCUUUAAAGGAAUGGAAAGCUUUUCAGCUGAAAGAGUGUGAAGGAUUUAUUGUCAUACCAAAUCCAUUUGAGCCUAAGUAUCAACGUUAUUGGAUUGAGAGGUGCCUUCUGGACUUUCCAACUAAGCCAAAUCGGACAAAUUUAGAUGCUCACAUGGUGCGACCCUCACAAGUUUGGCAUCACUGUGUUACUGAUGACAGGCCAGAUCUGGGAAAAGACAGUUUACUGAUGAAACUUAGAUGGGCUACACUUGGCUAUCAGUAUGAAUGGAAUACUAAGGAAUAUUUUGCUGACCGUAUCCAGGCGUUUCCAGAUGAUCUGCGACAUAUAUGUACUUAUAUUGCUGCAGUGUUGGGCUAUGAUGCUUACUCAUCAGAGGCUGGUAUAGUCAAUUAUUAUCGUAUGGAGUCAACAUUGAUGGGUCAUACAGAUGUGUCCGAGCUUGACAAGGCUGCACCACUUAUAUCCUUCAGUUUUGGCUCGUCCUGUAUAUUCUUGAUAGGAGGCCCUACCAAGGAGACAGAGCCAAUUCCUUUAUUUCUAAACAGUGGGGAUAUAUGUUUGAUGACAGGCAAGGCUAGACUCAGUUACCAUGCUGUUCCUAGAAUUCUUCCUGGAAAGAAAGACCAUUUAAGAUCCUGUUUCUUCGGCAAUACUGAAACUAAUAAUGUUAUCAAUACUAGUCGGUCAGAAAUCGAUGACAAAAAUAAUUCAUUUUGUCAAAAAGAGGAUUCGGAUAUUGAAGAUGAUCCAUACAGUGGAGGAACCAAUCAGAAACCACCAUCUAUAAAUAUCGUCCAAUCAGACAUGACAGAAUCAGAUGAAAAUGUGAUAGUGACUCCUACAAUAAAAGGAAAUAAUUGUUCUACUAAAGAACUUGGUACUAUAAUGAAAUCAGUUAUAGAGAAAACUAAUUGGGAACCGUUUGACAUGUAUAUAGAAAGGUCAAGGAUAAAUGUCAAUGUAAGGCAAGUUUUAAAACAGGGACUAUCUUUGGGGGUAAGUCCAGAGAAAAUAACACCAUGUCAAAAGUCUUGUCAGAAAUCGUAACAAAAAUUCUGUGAAUUUAGUAACCAAUAUUUGCAAAUGUUCUUACCAUUUCAUAUGUUUCAUCAUUUAGGUGUUUGGGGAAUUGGGACAAUUUGCUGCAGUAACAUUUUGUUGUAAAACUGUAUCAACAUGGGUAUGUGAUUUGUUUUACAAGGUCAUUUAUUAUUGUGAAAAUAUUCUGAAGCAGAAAUGAACAUAUCUCUCAAGAUAUACAGUUGGUCCAUUUUCAAAUAAACUGUCAUGUCUUUUCACUUCAGAAUUGGUUUACUUGACCAUCAAAAUGUGCAAUUUCUUGCACAAUGGCUGGCAUUCUAUUCGCAUAUCAUUGUCUUGUAGACUUCUGUAACAGUAAUGAAAAUCAUGCACCAGGGGCCAAUAUUAGCUCACCCAUGGGUCAAUUACUUUUUAUAAACUUAUAUAAGUCUUCUUGUGUAAAAACUAAAAUACUAAGAUAUUUAGCGUGUAUCAGUGUCACUUGCCAAAUAAUUAUUAAGCUCUUGUCAAUGACAAGAGCUGAAUAAUUAUUUGGCAUGUGGCAAUAUAGAUCUUAGCAAAAUUUACAUGAAUCAGUCAUGUACCUAGCGUGAUGUCAGGUCUCUAGGGUAUACUUAGUAUCAUAUAAGGACUUGUUUGGUACAAGUUUAAUGAAGAAUGGAUCUCUUCCUAAUAGUAAUUAAAAUGCCAAUAUAAAAAAGAAAUUACUUAAAUUAUUUUCGCUUAUAUUGCCCUGCCUUUCUGGUGCUAUUGUAUAUAUUUUAAUUUAAGAUUUUUAUUUGGAUAAUUAUCCUCUUCUUAUUUUUAAUUUUCUGUUACGUUAUGUCAUACAUGUAUGUCUGAUUUUAGAAUAUGUAUAUGUUUUACAUCUUGUUGCAUAGUAAUGAAUAAAGUAUAUGUAAAACUGAAA